AAGAAAAAGCCGCAAGAAAGUAUUCAAUCUUCAUUUAAUUAAUUAAUAACUAAAAUGUCGGAACCAGUUGAAAGCUCAGAAGUAAAGUCGCCAUCGUACGACUUGUCAAAGUUCCGGCUGAAGCGGAUAUUGACCAAUAACAGCGUCAGAAAGAGUAUAUCACUCCUCGGUACUUUUCCGGACCUAGGAACGGAGGAUGCCAUUGUUGUCUUUGAGAAGAAUGCCUACCGGGAGAGCGACGUGGCCACCGAAUCGCCAUCUGAGGAUUCGGAGUCUCCAAAGAAACCAAGUUAUUUUAGCGCGGAUCUGAAGGUGGACACUGAGUUUGUCAAUAACAUUUACGGCAGUUUUCAGGUUGUGCCCAGCAGAGAUCUAUGCGGAGUCAAGAGCACAGUGAUUUAUCCCGCCACCGAGAAGCACAUCGAGAAAUAUUCCGUGUGCCAGAAGUAUCUCAUUCGGGAGACUCCUGAUCUCUACCAAAAGAUAACACUUCCAUAUCUCACCUCAAGCCAGUUUUCCCUAGAGUGGGUCUACAACAUUCUGGAGCACAAACAGGAGAAGGAACGCAUCGUAUUUGAGGACAAGGAUCCGGAGACUGGCUUCAUACUGCUGCCCGAUCUCAAAUGGGACGGACGCAAUAUUGAAACCCUCUACCUGCUGGGCAUUGUUCACAAGCAUGACAUUAAAUCGCUGCGGGACUUAAACGGAAGCCACCUUGAUCUGCUGCGAAACCUACGACAGUCGUCGAAGGACGCAAUCCUCAAGCGCUACGGCGUCAAUCCCAACCAGCUUCGCAUGUACUUCCACUACCAGCCGUCCUUCUAUCACCUGCAUGUGCACAUAAAUCCGGUUCGGAACGAUGCCCCGGGCAUUUGGUGCGAGAAGUCUCACAUGCUGGACACGGUGAUUAACAACCUGGAACUCAUGCCAGACUACUACCAGAGAGCCACCUUGCCGUUUGUCCUGUACGAGGGCAACAAGCUGUUGGAUCUGUACGAGCACGAGCAGCCGAUUCGAGUGGUGCCAGUAUUGACUGAUGACAAGGAGCAGCCCGAAAAAGGGUCCACGGAUGCCGAACCAGCCGAUGGCUUCAGCGAUGAUGAGCAGGAGGAGAGGCAGUGCAAACGCAUUAAGCUGGCCACUCCGGAGCCCAAAGAGGUCGAAGCUACUGUUCAGGCGUGUGCUUAAGCUUACUUUCCAUAAGAUAAAAGGUGAAGAAAUGCAAGAGGAUCCUACCCAAAAAAGGGGUAUUGCUUAACGAUAGAGGUAAAAUAAUUGAACCUAUCAAUAUUCAUUGAAAUCAAAAUAAAGUAUGCAACAAAUUUUAA